AUGCAUGGGCAGCGUUCGAGUCCACAGCAAAUUGCCGGGUUGAACUCGCGCUGCCCAGGAAGUUCGCCUUGGUGGUGGCGACUCCCUUUAUACCUCUCCCCUUUGGCUUUCUCGCGCGGAAGUUUGCCCGCGGAUGCAGGUCACCAGGAAGGUGUGCGGGCACUGACCGUCGUGGAUGGCCACAUGUACAUCGCCAGCAGGCGACACAUCCAUCGGAUUGCCAUUGCAACGCAAGAGGCGGCGUUUGUAUACCGCGGACAAGGCCUCACACCGAGCAUUGCAGGCGUUCGAGACGGUGUUUGA